GACAGCUGUCAUUAUUUCAAGAACUGCGAAUGUGAACUCGGAUUACGUAAAUCAGCGAGCAAAGAUUUUAUAAAGGCAAGGAUAAAGGAGGAAAAAUGCUGAAAGUAGCAAGUACUGUAAGGUUUAUUGCUAAAAAGGGCAACAACGUACGUGCCCUAGCCACUGCCGCUGCAUACAAGCAGGCCCUCGUCAAUGUUCCUCCGACGCAGCUUACAGUGCUCGAUAAUGGGAUCCGCGUUGCCUCGGAAGAUUCCGGCGCCGCUACUGCCACUGUGGGGCUCUGGAUUGACGCCGGAUCGAGGUACGAGAACUCUAAAAACAACGGUGUCGCCCACUUCCUAGAGCACAUGGCUUUUAAAGGCACUAGCAAGAGAUCUCAAACAGACUUAGAACUCUUGGUUGAGAACAUGGGAGCACAUUUAAACGCGUACACAUCUCGGGAGCAGACAGUUUUCUACGCUAAGUGCCUCGCCAACGAUGUCCCCGCUGCCAUUGAAAUCCUUGCUGAUAUCAUUCAGAAUUCAUCGCUCGCCGAACCCGAAAUCGAACGAGAACGUGGUGUUAUCCUCCGCGAAAUGCAAGACGUCGAAAGCAACCUGCAAGAAGUGGUAUUUGAUCAUUUGCAUGCUACCGCAUUCCAGGGCACUCCUUUAGGACAAACAAUCCUUGGACCCACCAAAAAUAUCAAGAAGAUCUCCAAGGCAGAUCUCCAGCAAUAUAUUAAAACCCACUACCAGCCAAGUAGGAUUGUGUUGUCAGGUGCUGGAGGAGUUUCGCAUGGCAAACUUGUAGACUUAGCAAACAAACAUUUGGGUAGUCUGAAAAAUACAGCGACUGAUGUAGAGUUACUGCCUUGCCGUUACACUGGCUCAGACAUUCGGGUUAGAGAUGACUCCAUGCCGCUCGCACAUAUUGCUAUUGCUGUUGAAGGAGCCGGGUGGACAGAUGCUGAUAACAUUCCUCUGAUGGUUGCCAACACUCUUAUUGGAGCAUGGGACAGGUCUCAGGGUGGUGCUGCCAACAAUGCCUCCUAUUUAGCCCGAGCUGCAUCUUGUGAAAAUCUGUGUCACAGCUUCCAGUCCUUCAACACUUGCUACAAGGACACAGGUCUCUGGGGCAUCUAUUUUGUAGCAGAACCAAUGCAGAUUGAUGAUAUGGUGUACAAUAUUCAAAAGGAAUGGAAUAAGUUGUGCACAUCAGUGACCGAAGGAGAGGUUGAGAGGGCCAAGAAUCUCCUAAAGACCAAUAUGUUAUUGCAACUUGAUGGAACUACACCAGUUUGUGAGGAUAUUGGCCGUCAAAUCUUAUGUUACAACAGGCGUAUUCCCCUACAUGAGCUUGAUGCAAGGAUCGACUCUGUAAAUGUACAAAAUAUCAGAGAUGUUUGCUACAAAUUCCUCUUUGACCGCUGCCCAGUUGUAGCAGCCGUCGGACCCACCGAAGGUCUUCCAGACUACACCAGGAUCCGUGGUGGAAUGUACUGGGUCAGGGUAUAAAUUAUAAACUCUUAUAUUUAAAACUAUUAGUGAAAAUUCAAAUCAGUUAAGUUAAAAAUCAUUAAACCUCUCACCCAAA